AUGGUCGACAGCAUCCGGUCUCAGCGCAGCUCCGGGGAUGUCCUCCACUCCAUGCUGUCGAACCUACAGCACUUGAACCUUUCAGACCAGAUACAACAUGACGGCCCUGUACUCAAGGCUCAUGGAGGUUUCUGUGACGUGUUUCAGGGUCGAUGGAUGUCGAGAGGUGUCUGCAUGUACAGAGUCGCUAUAAAGAGACUGCGCGUGCAUAUCCAGAGUGAUCGCGAUUUUGCUAAGCAACUGGCAAAGGAAAUUCGUGUGUGGUCAAAACUUUACCAUCGGAACAUCUUACCUCUCCUCGGCUAUGUGAUCGAGGGUGACUACCCUUCACUAGUUGCAGAAUGGAUGGAAAAUGGAACAGUCUCGCGAUACAUGCAAUCACAUCCACACGCAGAUCUAUUGCGUAUGGUUCUGGGUAUCGCAGAAGGUCUCGAAUAUCUCCAUAAUGAAGGUGUCAUUCAUUCCGAUGUAAAAGCAGAUAAUGUAUUGGUAUCUCGCUCGGGUGCGCCUCGCAUCUGCGAUUUUGGGAUAUCAAGAAUGAUCGCCGCAUCUCAGUCGUUUGGCGAGACCAGCACGCAGACUGGGAUUAGAGGAUCUGUCCGCUGGAUGGCCCCCGAAUUGCUCGCCAUUAGCUCCGGACCUCAAGCAGAACAUACGAUGGAGUCCGAUAUAUGGGCUUUCGGAAUGACGGUCUAUGAACUCCUUACCGAACAAGUUCCUUAUUCGUACCUAAAACGCGACGUACAGGUUAUGUUCACGAUAUUGCAAGGUGUACCACCGGAAUGCCCUCGUACAUUCUUCAGUUGGCCGGUCUACUAUCAAAAGCUUUGGGGGAUUUGCGUCGUUUCAUGGAGAUGGCAUCCACCUUCGCGGAGGCCUAUGGCAGAUGUUGUCUCGUACUUGCAGUUCCUGUGUCGCAGAUCCGACGAAGAGCGGUAUAAUUCCGAGUGGCAUGACGACACGUUUGGCACAUUCGAAACCCCAAAUGUGUUUGACCAGAGGCAGCCGUCAAUUUUAGGCCAGGACGAUAGCACUGUAGCAUAUGAAAAAAUGGGCAACGCGCAAGUUGGCACAGAGCAACAGACUAGAGGGGAUCAUGAAGCAAGUGCACCAGAACAACGGAGCACGCGGCGGGCGUCCACUCGCACUCGAGAGAGAACUUGGUCGUUGGAUACUGUUGGAAACCAAAAUGACACUCCAGAGUAA